ACCACCCUGCCCGGUAGGCACUACGGCUACGGGCUACACCCGGUGGAGAAAACAAAAAUUAGAUUCCAUAAUAAAUAUAAACUUAAGAAACAAUAUAGUUUACAUAUGCGGUGUAUAAAAGAAAAGCAUAGGAGUAGUCAGUAUUUUAGAUGAGUUUAGUGUUUGGACUCACCUCUGCAUGAAGUGGUACAGUCCCGUUAGUCUCAGUCCGCGAGUCCUGUUUACUGCUGCAGUUAGCGGACAACCUGAAUCACCAACAUGCGGAUAAACUGCACUUUACAAUAACACGGACUGUAUAAUGAACUUGUACCGGCUUGCUUUUUUACUGGGAGCCUUGGUGUGUGUGUGCGAUGGUGUGCAUGUCACAGUUCGGGAGAAGCAGCGUUUUGCGAUGCUCUUCCAGUCCGUGGUCCUCCCCUGUCAGUACCAGACGGCCUCCAACCAGCACCCCGUGGUGCAGUGGUGGUACAAGUCGUACUGCAGAGACCGAACCCAAGACUCCUUCACCCUGCCGGAGAAACUGGGCGUCCAGGGCUCCGAGCUCGGCCCCUCGUCCCACCUCGAGUGCUCCGACAGCGGGCGCACAGUCCGGGUCGUGGCCUCGGCGCAGGGGGCCUCCAUGACGCUGGCUGAGCACUACAAAGGCAGAGACAUCGCCAUCGUUAACAAAGCAGACCUGCGUAUCGGGGAGCUGCAGUGGGGCGACAGUGGAGUUUACUACUGUAAAGUCGUCAUUGCUGAUGAUCUGGAGGGGAAGAAUGAGGCCCAGCUGGAGUUACUGGUGCUUGGCAGGACAGGUCAGAAGGACGAUAUCCUACCUGAGUUUGAUGUGGAGAUUAUGCCAGAGUGGGUGUUUGUGGGAUCUGUAGUCCUGGGCAGCGUCUUGUUCCUCUUGUUGAUGGGGAUCUGCUGGUGCCAGUGUUGUCCUCACUCCUGCUGCUGCUACGUCAGCUGCUGCUGCUGCCCUGAAACCUGCUGCUGUCCACGACACCUAUAUGAAGCAGGGAAGAUGGCAAAGAGUGGACCUCCUCCUCCUCAGGUUCCUGUGUAUCCUUACUACAUCCCUGGUGUUCCUACUGUGGUUCCUCUUGCCCCUCCAUCCCAUGUGGAGCCACAGAUGGCCUCCAUCCCCUCAGUGGAGAAUAACCUGGCUGGAGCUCACAGUGGUUAUCGACUGAAAGCCAGUCCACACCAGGACUCAAUGAAAGUUUUGUACUACGUAGAGAAGGAGCUGGGUCAGUUUCCCUCUGCAAAGAUGGCUGCACACAAACCCAGCAGCCUCUCGGAGCUGAGCUCUCUUCACGACGGAGGCACGUCAGACUUCAGACACACCUACCAGACGGUGCAGAUGAAGGCGCUGCCGCCCAUCGCUGACCUGGACGACCAGUCGCUGAGAGCGCCUGCACACACACACACACACAACCGCAGGAUGAGACGAGACCGACGCAACCUCUCAGACGACGAGCUCGACAGAAGGUGGAACCCGACAUCAGAGCACCUGCAGAGGAAGACGUUGAGCAGAAGAGGACGGACCGGCUCUCUGGACGAGCUGGAGGACUUCGCCCAGUCUUACAACUCCCGCUCUCGUCCAGAACGGGGCUACGAGCGCGACUACAGCCCCCCGAGGCGCUUCUACAGAGAGGAAGACGAGAGCUGGGGCCGCCGGAGCCCCUCGCCUUUACCUCAGAAGAGACGGGACACGUGGGACAGCGAUCGGCCGUGUCCACCGCCAAAAAACAAAGGAUACGACGACACCUUACUCAGCAGUGUGUUGGACAGCAAGGCGAGAGGGAGGGGAGGGGACAGAGGGGAGAGAGGGGACAGAGGGGACAGAGGGGACAGAGGGGACAGAGGGGACAGAGGGGCUUACAGGGCGGACGAGGACAGUGACACUCCCUCUAAAGGCAGCUCCAGAGGGAAGGGGAGUUUCUACAGCCGGUCCCCCAGCAACCGUCCAGAAGAGGAGGACUCUCUUCCUCCGUACUCUGAGCGCGAGGCUGAGCGGUACCGCCGGGCCGACUCAAACGCAGACCGGUACCGCACCGUAGAGCCUCCCAGAGCAGAGAGAUACAAACCCAGUGAACCUGCCAUGAGGCCUUUCUGUUACACCCGCCCCCCCCAGGAUACGUCCCAAGCACUGAGAGAGGAGAGGGAGCGGAGCCGAAACCUGAGCACUGCACUGAGCAGGGACACUCUGAUAGUGUGACGAGGUUUCCCAGCAUGCACCUGUCCGUUCAUUAAACCGUCCUGUUGCUGCUCUGCCAUCAGCCGCAUGAAGUCGGCCUCCUCUCAUUGACAAUAACGGCACUGAAAAUCAGCAGUAGUGGACGCUGAGAAAUGUGUGCAAACCAGGAGGUUUUUUACUUGUCAUUAAUUAUAUCUGAGUAUUUCUGCAUGUGUAGAAUACAGAUGAUAUGUAUGUGGUGUGUGUAUCAGUUGUAUUUGCAGAGUGAUUGGAUUUAUUCUGAAACCAGUGCCAAGAUUUUUGUUUUAUUAUUGUUUUUAUCUGCCAAGUUUUCAUCUGCAGGAAGCCACAGUCUUAUAUUUUCAUGCAGACUUCACACUCUUCAGUACACUGUAACUCAGGUUCACGUUGUAUGUGUGUGUGUGUCUGCUGUUGAUCUUGUACUGUAUGUAAGUGCUGUACCUUGAAUUUGUCCUGCAGAUUAAUUGCACUGCAUAAAUACUUUUUAAUAAAAAAAACUUUAAAAGAA